AUGUCUGAAGUACAAGGAACGGUUGAGUUUUCUGUAGAGCUACAUAAAUUUUAUAAUGUGGAUCUCUUUCAGAGAGGGUAUUACCAGAUCCGAGUGACCUUGAAGGUGUCCUCAAGGAUCCCCCACAGACUGAGCGCCUCCAUCGUUGGGCAGACAGACAGCAGCAACCUGCACUCAGCCUGCACCCAUGAGAACGCCGUGCACAGCCGGGUCUUUCAGAUCUUAUACAGGAACGAAGAGGUCCCCAUAAAUGACGCCGUCAUCUUCCGGGCUCAUUUGCUCUUAGAUGGAGAAAGGGUGGAAGAAGCACUAAGUGAAGUCGAUUUUCAGCUCAAGGUGGAUCUGCACUUUACCGACAGUGAACAGCAGCUGCAGGACGUGGCGGGGGCCCCCCUGAUCAGCAGCCGCAUGCUUGGCCUACACUUCCACCCCCGGAGAGGUCUGCAUCACCAGGUCCCCGUCAUGUUUGACUAUUUCCACCUGUCAGUCAUCUCGGUGACUGUCCACGCCGCCCUGGUGGCUCUGCAGCAGCCCUUGAUCAGUUUUACCCGUCCGGGAAGAGGCUCCUGGCUUGGUAAAGGUGGGCCAGACACGGGACCAGAACAAUCCAGCCUCUCUCUGGAAAACCUGGUCUUCGGAGCGGGAUACUGCAAGCCGACUUCCUCGGAGGGGAGCUUCUACGUGCCGUCCGAGAACUGCAUGCUGCGCGCACACCGGUGGCACCGGGAGCUGUGCUUCCUGCUCUUACACGCCUACCGGGGGCUCCGCGCCUACUUCCUGGUCAUCAUGAGGGACAUCCCGGAGCUGCCGCACAUGGAGCUGGAGCCCCUUGCUGUUGAGGAAACACUCUCUCAGCUGUGCUCAGAGCUACAGAUGUUGAACAAUCCCGAGAAGAUAGCCGAGCAGAUAAGUAAGGAUCUCGCCUGGCUCACCUCCCAACUGAUGGCUCUGUGGACCCAGUUCCUAGACACAGUGACUCUACACUCCCAGGUGACCUCUUAUCUCACCCAGGAACAUCACACCUUGAGGGUCCGAAGGUUUUCUGAGGCCUUCUUUUAUAUGGAGCACCAAAAGCUUGCAGUCCUGACCUUUCAGGAGAAUCUGAUACAGACCCACAGCCAGUUGUCUCUGGACAUCCGUAACUCGGAGUACCUUACCACCAUGCCCCCGCUGCCCGCGGAGUGCCUGGACAUCGAUGGCGACUGGAACACCUUGCCAGUUAUCUUUGAGGACAGAUACGUGGACUGCCCUGCAACAGGGUACAAUUUGAGUGUUUACCCUAAUUUUGAUGUUCCAACGACAAGUCCUGCAAUAAUGAAUCUAAAGGACAGAGAAGAGGACCCUUUUGUAAAUAGAAAAUCACCUUUUAGGGAAGACCUUGUCUUGCCCACCGUGAAACCACCCCAAGUGGACUCUGAUGAGGAAGUUAUUAGGUGUCCAGAGCCAGAUGACAACAUAACCACACCAAAAUGUGCAGACAUGUGCUCCGGAUCUCAGGUGUAUCUGACAAUUGGUGAGUCCCAGAACAAAGCAGGUUUGCCUGAAGAGGAAUGUUGGACUGGCCAGUGGUCUGAUGUUGGAACACAUCCACAGGCAGAUGAAGACCUGCCCAGAAGGAGCCCAGGUCUGGAGGAUGGCCAGGCCCCGGCACUCACCUACAUUGAUGUGAAAUCACAUAGCAAUAAGAGGCCUUGCAGUACUGAGCCCACAGUGGUCAUUAGAGCUCAGCAGGAGAGUGGGCACUCUGCAGAUAACUAUGAAUCACACAGAGCUGUGCCAGGCCAAGAGGUAGUGGGUGGAGGUUGUCAAAAUGCCAUCCUUUCAGAGAAAAUAAUGCUCCAUGAGUCAAGUACUCUAGGAAAGGUUGCAGACCAGGUGGGCAAGAUGGCACUGCUAAGUCUGAAGCUCAUCCCCUCUGAGCCCUGCGAUCCACUAAACUCGACUUUGAGGGAUCCCUUGAAUGUUAGGGCUUCCCCAAAGGACCCUCACUCAGAGGAGCAGGAGGAAGUGUCGGUGCUCUCUGGGGUCAUCAAGAGAUCUUCUUCCAUCAUCUCGGAUUCAGGCAUUGAGAGCGAGCCAAGCUCUGUUGCCUGGUCCGAGGCGCGAAGCAGGGCCCUGGAGCUACCCAGUGACCGGGAAGUCUUGCACCAUCUGGUUCGAAGACAUGCCCUGCACAGGAACUCCUUAGAGGGUGGACACACAGAGAGUAAUACGAGUUUGCCGAGUGGGAUCCAGGCGUCUCUCACCUCCAUUAGCUCUUUGCCUUUUGAGGAGGAAGAACGGGAGCUGGCACUCACCAAGUUGACCAAGUCUGUGUCUGCACCCCAAAUCAGUAGUCCAGAGGAGUCUGCUGAAGAUGUGGACACCGUGCAGCAAGGUGGAGGUCUUGCUGAAUGUCCAGCUGUACCCAUGGAAAGCGUAGACUCCUUGGGAUCCAGAAUCCAGGAUGCUGGGGCAGACCAUUCCCUUGUGCAGGUGGUUCCGGGUGCCGACAGCCAGCAGGGCCCUGGUUACAUAGACAUCCCCAAAGGUACAGAGAGUCAAUUUGAUCCUCAAGGGCCUUGUCAUCUUGAUGGCAGGACUGAGAACCCUCCGGGUGUUGAAACCAAAGGUCUUAAUAUAAAAAUACCACGUAUCCUAGCACUUGAAAUCCCUAGGCACGAAUCUUGUCCUAGAGUACUAACAGAGACCCCAGAGGGCAUGCCUGAAGACUUGAAUGUGGGGAAAGGCGCUCUUUCCGACAGCAGCAUCUCAGAUGAUGAGACGAUCGCCCACCAUAAGGUGCCUGAAUGGAGCUGUAGGGCAGCUGCUGAUGCCAGCGACCUGGGUUCCACGGACGAGCAGAGCAGCUCACCACGCAUCACUGAUGAUGCAGCAUUUAGCGAAGGAGCUCACACUCCUCUGGAGGCUGGACGUGAAGCAGGCACCGUGUGCUCUCCUGUGACUCACUUCAUUCACUCCCAGGUUUUAGGAAACCAAGAGCCAAGGGCAGGCACUUCCAUCAUGGCGUCCCACCUGAGCCCAGCGGAGACCUUCACUCUGGACAGCCUGAAGGCCGUGGAGGUCGUCAACCUAUCCGUGUCUUGCACUGCCACGUGUCUCCCUUUCUCGUCUGUGCCCAAGGAGACCCCUGCCCGGGCUGGGUUCUCUGCCAAGCAGACCCUGUUGCCCAUCACUCAUCAGCCCUUGGGUUCCUUUGCUGUGGUCUCCACCCAUUCGAGCAAGUUGGAGGAAGAAGUCAGUGAAAGGAUGUACAGUUUUUAUCAGGCCAAAGAAAAAUUUAAAAAAGAACUGAAGAUUGAUGGAUUUCUGUACAGUGACUUAUCUGUACUAGCUUCUGAUAUACCGUAUUUCCCACCAGAGGAAGAGGAAGAAAAUUUGGAAGAUGGGAUUCACCUGGUAGUCUGUGUCCAUGGCCUAGAUGGGAACAGUGCGGACCUCCGCCUGGUGAAGACUUUCAUAGAACUGGGGCUUCCUGGAGGAAAGCUGGACUUCCUAAUGUCUGAAAAGAAUCAGACGGACACAUUUGCAGAUUUUGAUACCAUGACGGAUCGGUUGUUGGAUGAAAUCAUUCAGCACAUCCAGUUGUACAACCUCUCCAUAUCCCGAAUUAGCUUCAUCGGCCAUUCCCUUGGCAACAUCAUCAUCCGGUCGGUCCUCACGCGGCCCCGGUUUCGGUAUUACCUCAACAAACUCCACACGUUCCUGUCACUGUCUGGGCCUCACCUGGGGACGCUCUACAACAACAGCACGCUGGUUAGUACAGGCUUGUGGCUCAUGCAGAAAUUAAAGAAAUCCGGGUCCCUUCUGCAGCUGACCUUCAGGGAUAACGCCGAUCUGCGCAAAUGUUUCCUCUACCAACUAAGCCAGAAAACAGGUCUGCAGUAUUUCAAAAAUGUCGUGCUCGUGGCUUCUCCCCAAGAUCGCUAUGUGCCCUUUCAUUCAGCCAGGAUCGAAAUGUGUAAAACUGCCCUCAAAGACAGACACACAGGGCCCGUGUAUGCGGAGAUGAUCAACAACCUCCUGCGCCCCCUGGUGGACGCCAAGGACUGCACUUUAAUCCGGCACAACGUGUUCCACGCUCUGCCCAACACUGCCAACGCCCUGAUCGGCCGAGCCGCGCACAUCGCCGUGCUGGACUCCGAGCUCUUCCUGGAGAAGUUCUUCCUGGUGGCGGGGCUCAACUACUUCAAGUAG